AUGAGUUUGUCACUAAAACCAAAACCAUUCCUUAAUAGCCUUACUGCAAACACUGGUAAGCCAGUAAUGGUAAAACUGAAGUGGGGUAUGGAAUACAAGGGAGACCUGGUCUCUGUGAAUGGCUAUAUGAACAUGCAGCUCGCCAAUACAGAGGAGUAUAUUCAUGGGGCAUUGUCUGGACAUCUUGGAGAAGUUCUAAUAAGGUGUAAUAAUGUAUAG